AUGCGAAGAUUCAAAAGCGUAACGCGUCGGCUCGGCUGGAACUCGGCUCUAUGGUUUGGAGUAAGGUCGGGGGCAACAACUAGGGAGGAGAAACUCGCCGGCACGGGAGAUCCUAAAACCGUAGGCUCAGACGAAGCUUCGCAUAUCUCAAUUGUUGACUUCAUCCACAGAUCAUCAUCAUCGUCGAUAUCUCCGUUCAGGCUCUGUUCAUGGUCCAAAUGA